CCGGUGGGAGCGCGGCGGGACGCGGAGCGGCCCCGGAGGAUGGGGCGAGCGGCGGCAGGCGCCGGGCUGGGCACUCUGUCCCUCUGGGGCAGCCUCCUGCUCGCUGCCGGCCUUGCCCUCGACCCAGCACCGCCUAUCUGCAACUGCUCGGAGCCCAUGGACUACCAGGCUUUCCGGGAGGCUCCGCUCCCUGAGAGCUGCUGCCUCAACUUCACCAGCUCCAACAUCACCCACCUAGACUGGGGAGCACUGGUGGGGGUGCAGGGGCUGCGGGAGCUCUACCUCUCCCACUGCGGCAUCACGGCCAUCAGCAACGCACAGGGAGCCCCUCCUGCCUUGGAAAUCCUACACUUAAGCCACAACCUGCUGGAAAGUCUCCCUGGAAGCUUUCUAGAAAAUGCCCCUAAUUUGAGGGUUCUUUAUCUGGACAGCAAUCAGCUUCAGGAGCUACCCAGGUUCUUCCUGAAAGCAUCUUCGCAGGUCCAGGAGGUCUACCUGGGCUUCAAUGCCCUCACCUUUCUUCCUGCAAGCCUCCUGAAGCCAUCUCUGCUCCAACUUCAGCUCUCCAACAACAGCUGGGACUGCAGCUGUGCUUUGCUAACCAACUUGGAGGGUUGGUCCAGCCAGGCUGCUGAGGUAAUCUGCCACACACCAGAGCACUACCACGGAGUGGGUCUUCAGAGCAUCCCCCGGGAUGAGCUGUGCCGCUCGCACGGCCUCACCGCCCUCUUCAUCUGCCUGCCCCCUCUCCUCAUCCUCACCAGCGUCACUUGGUGCUUCUGCCGGCAGAAGAAAAAGACCAACUACAGCCUCCACAGCAGGUCCCAGAGCCAGCGGGCCGUGGCAGAGAGGAGCAACGCGCCAGUGUCCGCAGAGCCCCACCACUACAUCCCGUACGAGCUGCCUGCUGCUCCCUCCAAGACUGAGAAGAAAGUGCUGCUGGGGAAACAGGUCAUGCUCCAGCCCUUUGUGGAUCCACUGGAGAGUAGCAGAGACCUCUAUGAGGAGGUGGAGAUCCAGGUGGGAUCCCCCAGCAGUUCCCAGGUGCCAUCCCAUGAAGGACAGCUGGGGACCCCAGCACCAAGGGCAGAGGAGCUGGGCAGUGAGCCAGAGGUGGACACUGUCAGCGUGAGUGAAGUCCUGAAGGACUCUGCUGACCGGGAGAAGAUCUACAUGAGUCAGACAACCAGCUAUUACAACCUGGUACCUGGUAUCGAGCUGGACGACUCAGACAACCUGGAGUAUGAGACCAUUGACCUGCACUGAUGCCAGGACUUGGGCUGUGCAGACACAGCAGGAUGGCAGGGGCUGGGCAGCAGUGAAAGCCACCACAGCAGGAGAGGCAUGAAUUGUCCUGCCGUGGCUGACAGUGUCCGUUUGCAAAGCUGCACCCACAAAUACCCACCCCUUCCCCUGUGCUACUGUGUGAAGCCCUCGCUUGCCAUGUGCUGCAGCUGGGCAAGGCUGCAAGGGUGCUUCAGGCUCUGGGGACCCUACCACAGGCUGGUGGUGCCUGAGGAAGGACGUGGAGGGAAGGUGGGGGCCGGUGUUGGGGAUCAAGUGAUGAUGCUGUGAGUGGCAGACACACUGACCAGAGCUUCCUCUCUCGUUGGAGCCAGAUGGUAUCUGGCACAGACCUGCUGCUCUCCAACCUGCAGGGAACACGGUCUGGAGACAUGAAGCAGGGCUGGCCCUGCCUGUGUGGUCUGCAGGGAGUGUCGCAUUUGUGCCCUGGGCCUGUCAGGGGAAGCCUGUGGCGGCUCUGCCUGCUGCCCACCCCACAGGGACAUGAAAUAGUCAAUGCAUGUGUGCUGCUUCAUGGCGUGUGCACGCUUGUGGGAGCAGGUGGGUGAAGUGCACACACAAACAGGGCGGCAUCAGAGGGGGCCCCUUGCAGACAGCCCUGUAGGAUCCAGCUCUCAGAAAGAAAUAUAUCAUUUUACUCUUGGCA